AUCUUUAAAAUGUUUAUUUAUUGUACAUAUGAGUAUGUUGUGUGUAUGCUAUAAAAUAACUAAAAAUAGUCUACAAUAUGAUAAAGACACAAAUAACAUUUUUUUCUUACAAAAAUUAUUUGUAGCUUAUAACAAUUAUGACUUCAAAAUUAACUACAGACUUCAUCAUAAAUAUUCUAUCUUUUGUAUGCAUUUUUAUGUCGUGUAUCGCAAAAUACUAUUCCUUUUACGUUAACAGUGAAACGUUAAAAUAUUUAAUAGAACAAGUUCAGCAUUUCUGUAAUGAUUUAAGAGACAAUAAUGAAAUUGCCAUCAUAGAAAAAUAUGGAAGGAACGCGAAACAAUAUACGACUAAUCUUAUAAUGGCUGGUAUUGGUUGUAUAUCUCUUUUUAUGGGUGCACAAUUAUGGUCGAAAGUUACCAAUGUCAAUGUCGAUGUUGUAACAUCCACAAAUGUGUCUCGCUCAGAACAUCUGCAAAUCUCAACUGAAUUAGUCAAUCAAGGAAGGUAUUUUCAGUUACCGCUAUUUUACAUAAAUGCAGCUAUAAGCAUAGGGAGUGUGGUGAUCCUAGCAACAGGAUCAAUGCUCAUUGCGUAUUAUCAACAUGCUUGCGGAAUGUUUAGAAUUGCUAGGUAUAAUAUAUAAUAAAUAAGCAAAAAGUAGGUUAAAUUAAAAGUAUUUACUGAUUCUAUCAUUUUUUACAAACACUCUUUCCUAUACAAAACUGAAAAUUUACUUUGUUGACAAUUAUA